CCCCACACGCCGAGAAGCUGGAGGGAGGAGGCGGAGGAGGUGGAAGCGGAGGUGGAGGAGGAGGCGUCCCGGCCCCGCCGCCCCCUCCGGGACCCCCGCAUCCCGCGGGCAGCGCCGCCGGCGGCGGGCCGGGCCGGAAGCAGGGGAAGGCAGGGCUGCAGAUGAAGAGCCCCGAGAAGAAACGGCGUAAAUCUAACACACAGGGCCCGGCCUACUCGCACCUCUCGGAAUUCGCCCCACCGCCCACCCCUAUGGUUGACCACCUGGUGGCUUCCAACCCCUUCGAGGAUGAUUUCGGAGCCCCCAAAACCGGGGCGGCUCCCGCCGCUUUCCUGGGCAGCCCCGUUCCCUUCGGCGGCUUCCGCGUCCAAGGGGGGAUGUCGCCGCAGGUGCCCCCCGGCUACGGCGGGGGUCCCCAGCCCCUGCGGAGGCAGCCACCCCCUCCUUUCACCCCCGGGCAGAUGGGGCCGGCGUUCGGUAUGCCCCCCCAGAACCCCGGGUACGUCCAGCCCGGGGGCAUGAGCUUCCCCGGCCAGCCCUUCGGGCAGCCCCUUGGACAGAACUUCAGCCCCCCCGCCGGGCAGCUCAUGCAGGGGCCCGUGGGGGGCUUCGGGCCCAUGAUCUCCCCCACCAUGGGACAGCCCCCCCGGGGGGGUGACAUGGGCCCCGGGCCUGCCCUCAACCCCCCUGGGGGGCCGGCGGUGGCUCAGCGUUUCGGUCAACCCGGCAACCUCUUUGGACAGUCGCCCCUGCAGCGCCCCGGGCAGAACGUGCCCCCCCUGCCCCCCACCGCCAGCCCCUUCCCCGGGGGCGAUCCCGGCUUCCCCACCAGCGGCGAGGAGGGGGGCAAACCCCCCAACCCUCCCCCCAGCACCUUUUCCCCGGAGCCGCAUUCGGGCUCCCCCCCCGCUGCCGUCAACGGGGCGCAGCCCCCCUUUGCCCCCGGCGGCGCCGGCCGUGCCCCUGGCACGCCCGAAACCAACAACCUCCCCCCGCCUCCUCCCGGCAAGGCGGCCGGCGGAUCAGGCCACCAGCCCCCCCCAGGGCUAGUGUACCCCUGCGGAGCUUGCCGCAACGAGGUGAACGACGACCAGGACGCCAUCCUGUGCGAGGCCUCCUGCCAGAAGUGGUUCCACCGGGAAUGCACCGGGAUGACGGAGAACGCCUACGGGCUGCUCACCACCGAGGCCUCCGCCGUCUGGGCCUGCGACUUCUGCCUCAAGACCAAGGAGAUCCAGUCGGUUUAUGUCCGGGAGGGCAUGGGACAGCUGGUGGCCGCCAACGACGGCUGAGCCGCCCUCCCGCCGCCACCGACACCUUCCCCCUGCCCCGGUUUAGGACCAAACCCCCAGUUUUUGUAGCCGUUAACCCCUCCCCGCCACCGGCCAGAGAGAUGGCACCGGCUCCUCACCCGGCCCUGGCCGUGGCCGGGUCCCUGGGCCGGUGGUGGCCACACCGUCCCCAUCCCUUUGCUGCGGGAAAGGCUGCACCGGUACCGGGGGGCUGAGCCUCCCCGGUGGCCCCUCCCCUCCCAUUCUGCCCGGUGGGGUCGGUGCCAUUGGAAGGGAGGGGGGGGAUCCGGUCCCCGCCACCA